AUGGACCAAUCACGUGCAGCUACCCAGCAGCUUAGAAAAUGGACCAAUGGAAGGUGCCAUUGUCAUGGAAGGAUAGGGAUUGGUCCAAGCUGCUGGAGGAAUGUCUUCACGCCAUUGGUUGCAUGUAAAGGAGAGGUGUCACGUCCUGAAGCAAGGAGAUGCCACCACCAGCUUCCCUCCAAGCCUAUAAAUAGGAGCCUUGGCCUCAUUUCCAAACCACACCAAAAUCAGAAAGAAAGAGAGAGAAAUAGAGAGAGAAAUAGAGUGAGAGGGAGGACGCCCAGAAGAAGAAGAAAGAGGAGGAGGAGGAGAAGAAGAAGAAAGAGAAGAAGAAGAAGAAGAAGAGAGGGAGCGUUCGGGCAGAAGCUUAGGGCAAGCCGGCGGUUUAGCGGUAAACCCAGAGUAGUAAACCUAGGCUAG